GGCUAUGUACUAAAUUUUUCCAAAGACUUGAAAUCGUGAUUCGGUUCUCAGUGCGGAUACAAACAAAUACAAAAUAGUCGAAUAAAUGGUGUAAUAUCCGUAUUUUAACGUUAUUUGCUAUAACCAGUGAAAUUCAAAAUGUUUCCUUUCCGGAUAAGCUCAGUGCUGAGAAGCGUAAACACCGCAUUUGCUGCAAAUGUUUUCAAAGCACUUCCGCUUGCACCACAAACCGUUUCCGGUGCCUGUAGUUCCACACUGCUGCCCCGAUGGAACUCAUCGCUCGUAGUCCCGCAAAGUAAUAGCAACCCAUUGGCAGAGAUGAACAAACAAAUUGGAACCGGCACCGAGGGACGUCUAUUCGCUGUAGUGCAGCUUUGUGGCAAACAAUUUAAAAUCACUUCCGGAGACAUCAUCAUCGUCGAAGGAUAUUGGCCACCUUCAAACGGGGACAAGAUCCGAUUGGACAAAGUUUUGCUGGCUGGGGGUAAGGACUUUUCCGUCAUUGGAACCCCGCUUGUUCCGGCCGGUUUGGUUGACAUUCAAGGAACUAUUAUCGAGAAGACGCUAUCCCACACAAGAACCCACUUCCGGAAGAAGCGCAGGAAGCAGUACAUGAGAAUAAACUUCUUCCGGAACCAGCAAACGAUGAUAAGAAUCAACUCCAUCGAGAUGAAUCCGGAAGGGAUUAAAGAUGGUGCUGAGUCGAAGGAUGAAGAGAGUUUUGAAAGGUUUUUCUAGAUUGUUGAUUUCUUAAAUUGAGCUGAAGAGGCUCGAUUUCUAAUAAAAUAGUUGAAUGUGAAUUGCUUCCAAAAAUA